AUGACCAUGGAAGCCCAGAGUCGUGGCCGGCCCAGUCUCGAAAUCAGAACAGACUAUACAAGGCCAGUUGACACACACCUCCGGUCAGCCUUCAGCAGACAUCGGGGCCCUCAGCCCUCUGCAACGCCGGCCACAUCCAAGGCCCUCCCUAGCCCAAUGCAGCCCUCGAGUCCUCGAUAUGAUGUGUCCAUGAGGCAACACGAAAGAGCCAUGGUAGAGAGCCUGGACGCCCGCCGCGGGCUGGCCAGCGCCAUGUCUCCUGCCACGGAGCAGUCCAUGUCAGCAAGGGUCAACCUCCUGACCGUGGAGAGUCCAUGGCAAAAAAGAACACCGUCUUUUCCCGCCACGGCACCCAACACGCCAAUGGCGAACUCUCCGCGGCGACAGAGCAUGGUCCAGGAGACCAGGUCGAUGCUGCUGUCGGGCAUGUCCCCGUCACAAGCUGGGGCCGUGGCCAACAGGAAACUCUCAGCGCCACGCGAGGCGACCGGGAAGCAGCAGAGGCCGUCCAUGGCACUCCUGGACCCAGACCGGCUCCAGGCUUGGGGCCAUGUGUAUCUCGGCGACCCUUCCAAGGCUGACGUCCUCGUGGCACCGAAAGCCCUACGCCGCCCGAGCGGGACAGAUCAGGGCAACGGCAAGGGCAACGGCCACCCAGAUCGCCUCACUAUCAGGGCCCACGUGCGGCCCAAGGGCAGGGAGCGCAAGCCGUUCCUGAUCGAGCGCAGCAUCGACCCCAACGUGCUGAGGGCCAUGAUGACGGCCUCGCCAGUCACGCCUGUGCGCUCGCCCCUCCCCGCGGCCGCCCGUGUCGCCUCUAGCCUCGAGCCGGCGUCGCUCUACCGCGACCCUGACCAGUCCGCUGCCGUCUCGGUCCAGCCAUCACCAGCACAGGAGCGGCUCGAGGGAGGUGCCGAUCCGGGCGAACUGACGGAGGCGAUGAAGCAGAACAUCUUGCACCUCGGCGGGACGGUGUAG